CAACUUCUCUGCCAACUUUCCCUGUGGAAAGAUGUGUUGGAGGGUGGGAAAUUGUGAAUGUGGGAAGUGUGCGCGUCGUACCCGGGUGACCCAGUAACCCGGGUGGCCGACGCGCGAAAUGCGCCAGGCUCUCACUGCCUUCGGAGAUUACUCUGCGGGUCACCAGAGAGGGGUUGCGGGUGGCGGGACUGGCCGGAGCCCCAUGGGGAGCGGAAGAUCUGCUUGAAAUGUGGUUUCAGCAAGGUCUCAGUUUCCUUCCUAUAGCCCUUGUUAUUUGGACAGCUGCUGCUUUCACGUUUUCAUACAUUACUGCAGUGACACUCCACCAUGUUGACCCUGCUUUGCCUUAUAUCAGUGACACUGGAACAGUGGCUCCAGAAAAGUGCUUAUUUGGGGCAAUGUUAAAUAUUGCUGCAUUUUUAUGCCUUGCUACCAUUUAUGUUCGUUAUAAGCAAGUUCAUGCCCUGAAUCCUGAAGAGAACCUUAUCAUCAAAUUAAACAAGGCUGGCCUUGUACUUGGAAUACUGAGUUGUUUAGGAGCUUCUCUUGUGGCAAAUUUCCAGAAAACAGCUCUUUUUGUUGUACAUGUCAGUGGUGGUGUGCUCACUUUUGGUAUGGGCACACUUUAUAUGCUUGUUCAGACCAUCCUUUCAUACCUCAUGCAGCCCAAAAUUCACGGCAAACAAAUUUUCUGGAUCCGACUACUGUUGCUUAUUUGGUGUGGAGUAAGUGUAUUUAGCAUGUUGAUUUGCUCAUCAAUGUUGUAUAGUGGUGACUUUGGCACUGAUAUAGUACAAAAACUUCACUGGAACCCUGAAGAUAAAGGUUAUGUGCUUCAUAUGGUCACUACUGCAGCAGAAUGGUCUAUGUCAUUUUCCUUCUUUGGUUUUUUCUUGACUUAUAUUCGUGAUUUUCAGAAAAUUACUUUACGCGUGGAAGCCAAUUUACAUGGAUUAACCCUCUAUGACACAGCUCCUUGCCCUGUUAUCAAUGAACGAACACAACUACUUUCCAGAGAAUUUUAAUGAAAGGAUAAAAGGUUUCUUUGAUGUUUAUGAUUCUCAGGGCUGGGGGAAAGGUUCACAAAAGCUGCUUAUUGCACUUUGAAAUUUCAACUAGUUAAUCAAGCCGUCUGUGACAUUGAUGAAUACUAAUAAUCAGGAGAUAUAAAACUGUUCAAUAGUUAUUUUUGUGAUAUCACUUAAAAAUAUUUAUGCCUCUUUUUAUUCUAGAAAAUAAAACCAAAUGUCUACAA